AUGUCCACUGUUUCUGUAACGACAACUUCCUUGACUGUUCCUACCAUCACAUCCAUUCCUUCUCCACCACAGCAAGAAGCUUUAACUUGUCAAGCAGCCGUCACUACUCUUGUUCAACAGUACAGUCAAUGUCUUGACCACUUUGACCUCAACUAUCCAACUACCCAAUCGGCUGAUACUGCUGCGUCUGCCUUUGUUACUUGUAUAUGCUCCACAAGUUGGGCUGCUGGAUCUCCUCAAGUACUCGCAGCUUCACUUCCAAGUUGUCCUGCUCCGCAAGGACUCUCCAAAGGCAACAUGGCUGCUAUUGCAGCCGAGUGUUCACCCUCCGCCACUCCAAACCAGCGCAGAAUGGUCGUUCAAAGCUUUGGUUUAAAUACCACUGUGGCUGGAGCUGUUUAUCUCCCUUUGUCUGGUCUGCCACCCGGUAUGACCAACAGUGCUGCUGGAAAAUCAAUGAGUUCGUCUGUAUCCAUAAAUCUCAAGGGCAGCAGUUGUCUUGGCUGA